AUGAAGAACACCAUCUGGUGCUGCAUCUCUUGCAUUCUUCCCUGCGGGGCAGUCGAUGUGAUCCGUAUAGUGCACACCGAUGGCCGCGUCGAAGAUAUCAAUGGCUCCCAUGUCAAAGCUAGCGAGAUCAUGAAGGCUCACCCUAAACAAGUCCUCAAGAAAUCAUCCUCUCCUGAUGAUGAUGAAAUGGUCCCGAAAAUCGUCCUUGUCCCACCAGAAGCCGAGCUUCAACGCGGGAAGAUUUAUUUCCUCCUCCCGCACCCUUCGACACCUGAAAAAAUUCGGUCCAAAACAACAACCAAGAAGAAAAGAUACAGCCGAAGCAUGAGCAGCAACAACACGACUUCAAUGUCGAACGUUUUGGUAUCGGAUUGGUAUUUAAGUGAGAUACUCUCGGAGAAGUUGUCGACGUUGUGAGAUCGAAGAAGUGGCCGAGUCGGGGUGUGGAGGCCACACUUGGAGAGCAUCUCAGAGACCCCAAACCAGAUUGAUGGUUGUUGUUGAUCAUCAUCGAGUAAGCUUUGGUAUCAU